AAUUUCUCUUUUCUUUUUCUAAUCAUACACUACUUUUUUUGCUGCUGGUGAUUUCUUUUCUAAUUCUUUUCUUUUUUGUAAAGUUAUUACCACCGAAACGAAAACUAUUUUAAUUUUUUCUUUUCAAACGAAAAAUACGAAAAUAAUUGUAAAAAAAUACAAGUGCAAUGCUAAAUUAUUAAUAAAAUAUUAAAAGUUAUUAAAUAAAAAAAAAUAAGUUUUAUUAAUAAAAAAGAAACAAGUGUAAAAAAAGUUUCAUUAAAAUGGCAUCUCGUGGAGGUCCCAUGGUAUCAGGGACAGAUGGCAAUGAUUUCGAGUAUAGACAACGGGUAGCUGCACCACAUCAAAUUAGUUUGUUAAAUAAAUCACGACUGAAAUACUGCAUUUUCUUUCAUGCACUGCUAUUUUUUGUCAUGUUAGCCAAGCUAACCUCUGACAUUUUGGAUCGUCUUGAUAUAUUUGUACUAGAAAUCGAAGAAUUGGAAGUGCCCGCCCCGCUAUGGUGGGAAUACAUAUGGUUAGCUUCGUUAUUAACCUCAUUUUUAGGUCUCUCAGCCGCUAAAAGCAAUAAAAUACGUGAUAUGCAAAAAUAUAUGAUUGCAUUAGGACUAUUUGCUGUUAUGCCAUUAAUGUACUGUUUCAUCUAUUAUUUUGCUGAUGUUUGGGAGUACUUGACUUUGGAUGAUAAAUCGGAAUUGGAGGAAACUGGCAUAUUUUUGUGGAGGGGUCUUCCUUAUGGUUUAUUAUGGUAUGCUUUCUGUUUUGUCGGUUUCCAAAUACAUGGUUUUACUUUGUAUUUCUCCUAUAAUUUGGUUAAAGCCUGGAAGGCUCGCACUGCCGCUAGGAAAUAUCAAUAAAUUUAUAACUUUUUUUAUUUUUUAAAUUUGUUUAAAUUUACUGGGUUUCUGUUUUUUAUAUAUAUAUAGCAAGAUAAACUAUAUAAAAUUGUCUUUUAAAAUACUCUUGUUAAAUAUUAAAAUAUUAAAUAAAAAAGAAAAUUUACUAAAUAGUUAUUAUCAUUAUAAAAAUGAUAAGUACUUAAAUUGAAUAAAACUACACCAUUUCCUAUAGUAGUUUUUGUUGAUUUGUAAUGUAAAACUUUAAUAAAUUUUAAUUGAAUUGGUGCUUUAACAGAUUUGUUUUUCUAACUUUAAUGCAAUAAUAUUGUUCAAAAAUUGUUUCGAAUACUUUUUGAUAUAAAUGUGUAAUUAUUUUAAAUAAAAACUUUUAAAUUCAUUAAAAAA